AUGAGAACAAUCGCACCAAGUAAGAAAGGAUACAUGAUGCCAGAAGUUAAAGUUCGUUUCCCUCCAGAAAUCACACCAAUCGAGCUCACCAAGAAAGCCAUCGCGAAACUAGAAACUAGCGGACAAACAUCACGAAUUCCAAAUGCGUUUAUCGCUUAUCGUAUGGCUUUUCACAAGGAGCUUCACUCGAUUAAACACCCAGUGAUAACACAACCACAACUUUCGGCAUUGGUCAAACAAUCAUGGCUUAAAGAAGAGGAACACGUACGACGAGAAUAUCAACGCAUUGCAAAAGAAGCCAAAGAUUUAUAUGUACAAAUUUGCCGUGAACAAAGUCCACAUUUUAUUACAAAUAUGUUAUCAGUUGAUGACGAAUAUUAUUAUCCUUCCGAUACGAAAAAUGAUUCGGACACAUUAGACUUUAAUUUUGAUCUUUUCAAUAGCAACGAAAUAUUUUUAUCUUCAAUGCAGCCUGUGGCAAAAGAUCAACAAUCAGAUUCACAUGAAAAAAGCACAACUUCCACUUCUCCAAAUGUCACAAACACAACUUCUGUUUCUCCAAGUGUCACAAACACAACUUUCGCUUCUCCAAAUGUCACAAACAUAACUUCCACUUCUCCAAAUGUCACAAACACAACUUCCACUUCUCCAAAUGUCACAAACGUAUUCGAUACUGAUAAUCUAAUCACCAACAUAUUCGAUACUGAAAAUCUAACACCAGAACUAUUAACCUCUCAAUAUUUAUUUUCUUCCAUUCUAUCCAUCCAAUCAGAUUUCUCUUCUGUUCCGAUCAUUGACAAACUUGUUUUCAGAUAG